AUGUUGGACUGCGACGCGGGUCGAGAGUGUGAGGGAUCGGGCACAUCGUGCGGAAGUAAAACCACCUACCUCUACUUCGUGACCUUCAUUUUCUUCUCCUCCUUCCUCAUGCUCAAUCUCUUCGUAGCUGUCAUUAUGGACAACUUUGACUAUCUUACACGCGACUCCUCUAUCCUUGGUCCGCAUCAUCUCGAUGAGUACGUUCGUGUUUGGGCGGAGUACGAUCCUACUGCUCGAGGGCGCAUUCAUCACAGUGACAUGUACGAGAUGUUACGAAAUAUGGAACCGCCUGUAGGCUUUGGGAAGAAGUGUCCAUAUCGCUUGGCCUAUAGAAAACUAAUUCGAAUGAAUAUGCCGGUGGAUGAUAAUGGAACUGUCCACUUCACAACCACACUGUUUGCACUGAUCCGUGAAUCGCUGGGCAUCAAAAUGGGGCCGGCAGAAAUCAUGGAUCAGCGCGAUAAUGAACUCCGUUAUAGUCUUCUCAAACUCUGGCCGGUGCAGGCCAAGCGAAUGAUUAACAUCCUCGUACCACCUGAUUCAGAGCUUGUCUACCAAAAGAUGACAGUGGGAAAGAUCUAUGCAGGCAUGCUGAUUCUUGAGAAUUAUCGCAUGUCCAAACAGCCACAUGACAAAGACCAAUUGAAAUCGGCUGAUCUGGUGGCACGCUUCUUUGGUGCUGUAACGCACAAUGUUCAUCGAUCGGCAAGAAACUCGGAGACCGAAGAGGAUUCUAUUCACACUGGUCGUUGGAAAUCCCCAACAAGAGUAAUUACCAAGCGUGUUCCAAAGGCGAAUCUUCCGGCAAGCAAUCCUAGAAGCAGCGUUGCUCUUAGAACGAGUCCAGAUUGUCAUGCUUCAUAUUCAAUGACUGCCACCGCUGCUGAUGCUGUUCAGUAUAAUUCAGCGGUUCCGAUGUCUCCAACUGAGGACCAAGAACUCGGCGCUCUCUCACGGAGUAGCGAUCUAUCCUCCAUCGAGGAGGAAGAAGAAAUACCCACCAAUGUAGUUGAACCCCUCGAACCCAUUCGCAGUAUUCCAAUUGGCCGCUUGGCUUCCCGUCCUUUUGCAGCGUACCCAAUGAAUGCUACGGCUUGGCAACGGGAACCCCCUCUGCCAGAACGGUUCCCACGACAAGAUGGCCCCCCUCUCUCCUUCCUACCACAUCGAUACUAUCAAGGAAGGGCUCUUACAGUACCCUAUCAUGGUAUGAUCACAUUAGGGGAGAAGAGACCCCAUGAUAUGUCGGAGAGUAUGUCUAUAGGAUCACUGAGUUUGCAAAAACAGCAUUCGCCAGAUGAUACUGGUGGACGUAGCCCUAUCCAACCUUCCGCUCCCAAGAGAAUUAUUUUAUCAGAGUUUGGAAAACAGGAGGAUUUUAUUGAUGUUCCCCAACCACCAGUCAAAUCUGUUGUUCCUAAUCUACGUUCUCAAUUAAUGCAGCGUUUCUCACCAACCUGGCAAGCAGAUCACAUGCGUGCUUAUCCGAUUAGCCGGGUUUCAAAUGUCGAUAACCCCAAUAGGUCCUCCUACCACCAUCCUGGUUUUGCCAAACGUUAUUUCAUUACCUCUUCUCUUGAUCCAACUCAGUCGGAUUUAGUAAAUGUGGAUGAUUAUAGGGUUCAGUAUCCUCAUGAAUAUCCCAGAAUGCUUGCUUCGUCCAGGCCGCCACCUCAUUCAACCCGAAGACCAGUUUACAUUAAUUUUCCUAAAUUGGAACGAUCUCCCACAGGUUCGGAGGAGCUUGAAACAGGAGGAGAUAUUCAAGAUGUAGAGAGAACAAGACCAAUUUUAUGGUCAACCGUUCCUCCCUGGAGUGCAUCACUUCAAUCCUACUUCGUCGGUGAAGGAGGUGGAUCGAUUUUUACUCCAUCUCCUUUGCCGCCACUACCACCGCCACCACCAAUACCUCUCAAUAGUCCACCUCCUUUACCACCUCCCCCAAGAGUUGUUAAUCAGUCACUUGACUCCAUUCCCCUUCGAACGAGAGCUACCAGUCACCAAUUCUAUCAGCACCCCUAUCCUCAUCCUCAUUCUCAUCAGAAAUUGUAUGUGGAGACGGGUAGACCAUCAUUCUACACCCCACUCAACCCUCCUAAUCCUCGCUUGCCUAUUUCCUAUCAUCCACAUAAUUCCCACUUUCCUCACUACCACCUAUCUUAG